UUGGCAGCAGCCUGAGAGGCAAACCUCCUGUCCAGAGGAAGAGCCUAGGCCACAGCAGAGACAUGGAGAUCUCAGCCCCUCUCCACAAAAGGCAGCUACCCUGGAGGGGACUCCUGCUGGCAGCCUCACUUUUGAUCUUCUGGAGCUCUCCCUCCAUGGCCCAAGUCACUGUGGAAGCAGUUCCGCCCCACGUUGCUGAAGGGGCAGAUGUUCUUCUACUCGUCCAUAAUCUGCCAGAGACACCCCGAGUCUUUUACUGGUACAAGGGAGAAAAUACAGACAACAGUAAUGAAAUUACACGAUUUAUAACGUCACCUAGCUCAAUUACACUAGGGCCUGCAUACAGUGGCAGAGAGACAAUAUACCCCAAUGGAUCCCUGCUCUUCCAGAACGUCACUCAGAAUGACGCCGGAGCCUACACGUUGCAAAUGCUAAUGCAAAGCUUUGAUUAUAGGAAAGUAUCCGUGCCAUUCCAUGUCCACCCACUGCUACCCAAGCCCAGCAUCACAAGCAACAAUUCCAAUCCCAUGGAGGGUGAGGAUGCAAUAGCAUUAAUGUGUGAGCCUGAGACUGAGAAUACAAACUACCUGUGGAGGAGAAAUGGCCAGAGCCUCUCAGAAGGUGACAGGCUGAAGCUGUCUGAGGGCAACAGGACUCUCACUUUACUCAGUGUUGUGAGGAAUGACACAGGAGCCUAUGAGUGUGAAACCCAGAACCCAGUGAGCACUGCCCGAAGUGAUCCAUUCACUCUGAACAUUACCUAUGGUCCAGAUGUCCCGAUCAUAUCCCCCUCAAAUACUCAUUUUCAUUUAAGGACAAACCUCAGCCUCUCCUGUCAAGCAGCCUCUAACCCACCCGCACUGUACUCUUGGUUUGUCAAUGGAGAGCUCCUGUCAUCCUCCCAAGAGCUCCUUAUCCCCAACAUCACUACUAAAAAUAGUGGAUCCUAUACCUGCUUCGUCUAUAACUCUGUCACUGGCCUCAAUAAGACCACAGUCAAGAACAUUACAGUCCUUGAGCCAGUGACUACACCCUCCAUCCAAGUCAGCAACACCACAGUCAAAGAACUGGACUCUGUCUCCCUGAACUGCUCCUCAAAUGACACUGGGAUCUCCAUCCAUUGGCUCUUCAAUGGCCAGAGUCUGGGGCUCACAGAUAGAAUGAAGCUGUCCCUGGACAACAGCACCCUCAGCAUAGACCCUGUCAGGAGGGAGGAUGCUGGGGAGUAUCAGUGUGAGGUCUCCAAUCCAGUCAGUUCUGAGAGGAGUGACCCCAUCCAACUGAAAAUAAUAGGUGAAUCUGGGCCCUCUGGCAACUCUCCUAAUGAGGUGGAUGACGUGACAUACACCGUCCUGAACAUCAACGGCCAGACACACAAACCACCAACUUCAGCUUCUCCAUCUUCAAGAGCCACAGAAACCACUUAUUCAGAAAUAAAAAAGAAGUGAUCAUGGCCUGUCAUGCUGGCUACACCAAUGAUGCAUUUCCAGAAUCUCUCCCUCACUAGAAGAUCUCUGUACCAUGAGAUGAGGAAACACAUGUGUGUAUGCGCACACAAACACACACAUACAUACACAGCUCCGGGUGGCAGCCUCUUCUUCAGUAUCAAUAGAAGGAACAAUGUAUUCUGGAGCCUACAGGAAACCCAACCUUUCUUGGAACUGAAACUUGGCUGAGAAAAGGGCAUCAAAGCUGCCCACCCUCCACUCCCCUAGCCAUGGCUUGUUUUAAAUGACCUAUUCAGAGCACAGUCAUUCUCCCCAGCUCCAGUCCUGUCCUAGCACAGUCUGACUUGAAUUCCCAUAACCCUGGACGUCACCUAAGUGCUAAUGCCAAAAAACAAAGGACAAGCAGGAAACGGGCAUUCCUGCGUCUUUAAAGCCCGAUGUGAAGCCAUCGUACACGGGAAGAUCAAGUCUCAGACAGAGGUCUCAGGAAAUCUCCACGCCAACAACUCAUGCUUGCCCGGCUGUGGCAUCAGGGGCUCUGUAUGUUGUGCAUUUACACCUGAGCCCACCUCUGAGAAACCACUUUCUCCAGAAAACCCACUCAAUGCAGCUAGCAAAGCUCUUUGGCAGCAUCCACGGCCAUUGCUAACGCAGAGUGCAGGUGCAAAGACAGCAUCUCUAGUCUCUACCAGGAAGGAGUCCAGAAAAGCAGGGCUGGUGAACUGACAGGCUCCUGGAAUCUAAAAAUGGAACAGAAAGAUACCCUCCAUGGAGCACUGAGAUUGUUUUAAAAGAAGCCAUAUUUGGAGGUACUGGAGUUUUCUUCUCUGCAAGACAACCCACUACUUGAAGUUUUGUAACUGCUGACUUGGCUCAGUGUGUGAGUUGAUAAGUCUGCCUUAGGGGCAAGAAGCCACUGCACCUCUGGCUCCCUUGGCCGGGAUCAGAAGGCCUCUCAAGCCCUUUUGAUCAAGAGUUCCAAACCAAAAAUGAAUAAAUGAAUAACAAGGCAAUCACUUGCAGAAACACUGCCUAGUGUAGAGCUAAGCCUCCUACUUUGCUGAAUUUGUCAGAAAAGCCUGACUUUUCCUUUCCCCAUGUCUUCACCUUUAUUUUUGGGCACUGGUCAGAGCCUACACAAUAUUUCUCUGCCACUCUGGGCUUCCUUGCUCUCUCCCUGGAGAUCACCCGCCCCCACCCUGUGCAGCUGCCAGCUGAAAUCUUGCCUGACUCAAAGGCCAGCCAUUCCUCCUCCACUCCAACCCCUCUCCAGGCUGAUGCUGAGGUUUCCAGCUUGUCUGCCUUGCUGUUUUGCUUUUAAACUCUACCAAAAUCUGUCCUCGGUUUCAACAACUAACAACAGACUUUCCUCAUUCCCAGCCCGCUCCUGGAGAUUUAAGACCAGCCCCAACUACCCUUCUGCAGUGUUUCUGCCUGUGCAUUGUUUGCCCUUACUUUGGCUUCUCUUUCUGACUUUAAUUUUUUGAGA